UUGAAAAUUUUGUUCUUAUUUUCUUCAAUCAGACAUAAAUAAAAGUGGAAACGAGACACAAUAUUAGCCUUGAAAACGGCUAGCAAAGCGUGAAGAAAAUAUAUAGGAGAAAAAAACAUACAAAUUAUAAUUUAAUUUCGAAUUGACCUCGAUUUGGAAAAAAAAAUCGCUUACCUUUAACUAUAAGUGAAGCUUUUCGAGUGAUGUUGGAUAAAAGUCGCCAAUUACUUUAGAUAAAACUUUGGUCUAAUCAUGGCCAAGGAUGAAGAUUCUGGUGUUAACUUAGAUGAUCUCAAAACUGUGCAAUGGCAUCGUUUAUUCCAUAUGUUUUAUAUAGAGCCGGUUACCUGUAUAUUGCUCUUUGCAUUCACACUAACAGACACAAUUAUGCGAAACCAGGUAAUAUAUCAGACUUGUGUAGUGAUUUUUGAAUACAAUGAAACCCAGUGCCGACUUCUAGAGGAAUCGAAUGUGAGCGCUGAGAUAAAGAAUAUAGAAACCGAGGUGCAAUCAUAUGUAGCAAAUAUGUUUCUUGCUAGGACCCUCUUUGAGAACAUAGUACCGGCGAUAUAUGGACUAUUUGUUGGUUCCUGGUCAGAUCAUUAUGGACGAAAGCCAUUGCUUAUUGUAUCGAUGAUCGGCUUUUCAUCUUAUUCCUUUUUAACUGCUGUUACUUGUGGCAUAUCUAGUUCAUACAGAGUCAAUCCUUGGUGGUAUAAUUUGGCCGUUGUCCCUAAACCUUUGCUGGGUGGCUUGUGUGCAUUUUGGGUGGCUGGGUUUUGUGUUAUAUCCGAUACAACAGAUACUAAAACCAGACCAUAUAGGAUGAUCAUGUUGGAAGUGGCUAAAUUUAUUGGUCAAUCAAGUGGUUCUUUAGCUUCCAGUUAUGUGUAUGCAGCCACGAGUGCAGCAAUAAUUCAGGGCAUAUCGUGCUUUAUAACGAUCAUGGCCACCCUGUUCAUUGUAUUCUAUCUGCCUGAAACAUUAAACAUGUCUCUAGAACCCGUUGAAAUGAAUAAACAUGAAGAAUUUGAGGAAGCUAUUCAGCUACAUCUGAAGAUUGUACCCCCUUCAAAUGAGGAAGGUGCAGAGCCAUUGAAAAGCAGAGAGUCUCUUCCUGAGAAACAGUCAAUAGAAGAACAGAUAGAAACCAAUUCGGAACAUAUAAACCUAUUCAGCUUGAUUCAUGUUCGAGAUAUGUUUACAACUUGCAUGCAGGAAAGAGACUAUAAUGCACGUGCCAUCAUUUGGCUAAUUACAUUGUCUGGGUUCUUGUCCAUAUUUGUAUUGGAUGGAUCUAUGCCUAUAAUGUAUUUGUUUAUAAGGCAAAAGUUUCACUGGUCCGUAAGAGAAAUAACUUUAUAUGAAACAGCUAGGGAAUUUGUGCCCAUGGUUGGUGCCGUUUUUGGUUUUCUAAUACUGCGAAAGAUCUUCGGCUUGUCUUUGGUUACAUUAACCCUUAUGUCGAUAUUCUCGGAAAUUCUUAGUAAUGUAUCAAGAGGUUUAGCACAUUUUUCCUGGCAUUUAUAUCUGUCACUGUGCCUAGGAGUCUUUCGAUCCAUACAGUUUCCCAUGUGCCGAACUAUUGUGUCCUAUAUAGUGCCAUCAUCAGAUAUGGGCAAAGUUUUUUCAAUGGGCAAUGUUCUGCAAUCGUUUUCUCCAGUUGUUGCCGCUCCCCUUUACACUGCCCUUUACAAGAGCACUUUGUCCACGAAUCCUGGAAUGUUUAACUUCCUUAACGCUUCAUUGUACAUUGUGGCCUUUGUUUUCAUAUGCUUUGUCAUGCAUAUAAAGUAUACACACCGAAGUCAUUAUGCAAAUUUAUUGAAAUAAGCCAAAGCUAAUGGAGUUGAAGCAAAAUUUUGCUUUAUAUUGAAGUCGCAUAGUUUAGCGUUGAGGCAUUCGGCAAGUUAUUCUCAUGGCAUAAAGUUGAUUGAAUUCAUUCUUAAUUUAAGCUCUCAUCAGUCAGAUAUAAAUGCUCUUUUAGAAAAGAACUUAGUAAUGAUAAAAGGCAUGAUAUUGCUUAAGAAAACUACCAAAAACUUAACUUAAGCGUAACCACCAUGGCGUAUGAGCAAUGUUUUAGUCUAGAGUAAAAAAUGCUAAAAUGUCUAUGCCCAAAAAGAACAACCAUUAUUUUAGUUUAAGCAACGAUUAGUACUAAUACUUGGCUAUAUCAUUUUUUUUAAUGUUUCCG